AUGUCGACAGUCGUUGGUGAACCGCGUGCUGUUCUGAUCCCUAUCGCAGAUGGAACGGAGGAAAUUGAAGCAAUUGCAGUAGCAGACGUUCUAACACGUGGUGGAAUGAAGGUGACGUUGGCGAGCGUUGGUCGCAAGAUGCAAAAUAUUGUGACCAUGUCGCAAGGAACAAAAGUACAGGGUGAUCUUGCGAUUGAAGCCUGUGUCGAUCUUAGCUUUGAUCUCAUCAUGUGCCCUGGGGGACCAGGUGCGCAACAUCUCCAUGAUUCAGCCGAGCUGAUAACGAUGCUGCAGAAACAAAAACGUCAGAAUCGAUAUUACGGUGGCAUUUGCGCAGCUCCACCUCUUGUACUUCUUCCUCAUGGCCUGCUUGAGUCUGGUCCAGCUACGACGUAUCCGAGUUUUGAGUCCAAAAUGGUUGGAGUGGACUACCGUCCAAAGGAACGGGUUGUAGUAAAUGGCAUGUGCGUGACUAGCCAGGGUCCUGGAACAGCCAUUGAGAUGGGAUUGAAGCUUGUCGAACUGCUCUGUAGCAAGGAAAAGGCAAAAAGCGUCGCCGAAGCUUUACUUACGUCGGUCAUGUAA